CCUCUGUUUCACAUUUCAGCACGAUGGUAGACUGUUAGAAAAAAUAGUUUUUAUUUUGUUGGUAAACAUUAAUUGCGCAUAAUUCUCAGUCAAUAACAAAAAAAAAUAUGGCUGCUUCAAAUGAAGAGUGCUGCUUUGUUAAUAAGAAGCUAUUAACAAAAGCUGUGAAUUUUGAAAACCAAGGUAGUUUGGUUGAUUUUGCUUGUGGAAAGCAAUUGUCAGCGGAACAAUUCACUUUGAACAUUAUAGCUAUCAAAGAACUUGACAAUAAAAACGUCAAGAUACCAGUUUCUUAUAAGAAUAUCGUGAGGCUGAAAGAGGUUGCCAAUAAAUCAACAGCUGGCAGUGCGAGAUACAACAGACAUGUUGAUCCUUCUGAAAGACACGAGUGGGAGAUCAGUGCAUCAGAAAUAUGUGAUUCAACCUAUGAAGGCCUCGGUUUAUCAUCCUUGAUCAGCUGCUUCUUUCGACUGCCCACUAAACUGAUGAAUGUCAAAGCACAGCUUCAAAAACUUGUGCUUUACAAACAUGGUGGUCAAUCGUGCAACAAAAUCAUAAACCCUGGUUGCUGUGGUGUUGAUGGUAAAUUUGGUACUGCGAUCCUUCAAGUGCCAGUUGAAGGAGGGCACCAAGGUGGGUGUUUGAGUGUCGAAUAUAAAGGAAGAAAUCAAGCCUUUGAAAACCAUGCAAGCAGUGACCGAAACUUUUACAUCACUACCUUUUUCGACUGUUGCGAAUAUUUUACUGAACCCUUAACGCAAGGAUACCAAUUAACCCUAGUUUUUGAUCUCAUUUGGACGAAUGCCAAGAUCAGAAUUCCCCAGGAUUUUCCGGUGUUUCUUACCUCUCUGAAACAAGUUAAAGAAGUACUUAAACCGUGGUUGAUUCAAGUCAAGCAGGAAAACUCCCUGGAUUCGGAAGAAAGCGAACUAGAAGACUCCGAGUCUGAAGAGAUCGAACUUUCUGCUCAUAACACACAGCACGAUUACCUGUACUCCGAGAAGGAAUUGAAAGAAAAUAUUUUGUUCUUCGUUCUACACGACAAAUACGAUAUUGAAAAUUUUGCAUUUGAAUUCCUUUGCAGUCAAGAUAGAAAAGCGGCCGAACUAUUCAAAAGCUGCGGUUUCCUCGAUAUUCACCUCGCGAUGGCCACACAUUCAAUUCAACAAAUUGACGACAAAGAUUCCGUCGACUUUAAUUCAGUUGAAAAAUUGCGUUGGAUAGAUUCUGAUGAUGUGGUUAGAAACUUGAGCAUCGAAUUGAAUUCGAACCAGCAUUUUGUUGGACGGAUUGAAGAUCGUUUUUCAUCGAGUAGGACCAAAUUGGAUCAAGAUAAGAAAAUGGAAAAUCGAGGAGGAAACACUGAGCAUCACGGAGUACUAGUAAUUUGGCCCAAACAUCAUUCUUUCCAGAUGUACUGCCGAUAUGGUCUUCAGUCACUUCUCAUCCGGAUGAGCAAAUCAUUGGUGUUAGCGCCCAACUGGAAGGAAGAAAGGCGACAACAAGCCAAAAACGAAUUACGGCAGCUUAUUUCGUUUUGUUGCGCCGAACCUGAAAAAGUCUGGACGUUGGCUGGAAUGGAAAAUGGUGAACUGACGUUAAGAUUGUUCCGUUUCUGCAUCACCUUGAAGGCUCGUGAAGAGGGCAUCGAUCUCUUGAAACUGGUCUGCUCCAAUUUUUAUGAAGAGUCCUGGCACGGCAUUGAGAAGUUUGAAGGAAUUCAAACCGAGGAAGUUGCUCAGACAAUUGCGGAAUUCGUGUGUGCCGAUUUUGUGCGCCAAGUCAGUGAUUGGGACGAUGUCGCUGAAUUAAUUAAGCGAAUUAUCUCUUCGAGCCGGAUCAUUGCCAAACAGUUAAUCCCGAUUGUCAAGCUGGGAAAAUGUUUUCUUGAUCUCAAUUUCAAGGAAGGAGCUAUCAUGAUUGGAGAGGCUGUAUCUUCCUCAUUCACUAAUAUCGACUUGCUUAAAGCUUCACAAUCAAAGCAGUCCCAUGUAGAAUCCUAUAUGGACAUGAUUGUGGCGUUGGAGAUGAAUCCUGAAACCGCCAGCAGAGAGAGAAUCGCCUCAUUUUUUCUAUUCUUUUCCAAGCUCCAGUUAACAAUGCAGUGUCGAUUUGUGCUCGAUUUUGAAACCAGAUUCUGCUCACAUUAUUCGAAGAAGCACCCGUCCUGUCAAUUCAUUCUACAUGGUUUAUGCCAGAAGAUUUUGGCGAUUACUUGCAACAUUUACGCGCCGUCCGUCAAGUGUUUCGCCGUGGACUUGGUGAGCUGUUUUCUUCGUCUUGGAAAUGCCCAGUGGCUUGAAACUUUCAUCUCUAAUGUGUGCCGAGAGCCGACUGUAUCGGAAAGUCAAACAUUUAUCCUGAUGAAGAAGGAUUUGAUCGAAAAACUGAUUACUUCGCCCGUCAUCUAUCAGUUGGCUACCACUUCUGAAGUGGGCCAGUCCGUCAUGAUUCCUCUCAUCUGCAGAUCAUUUUUACCUCUUGUGGAGGACAAGUCAACUGCCAUGCCACGCCGACAAGUGAUCCUGGAAAUGGUGAGAUGGCUCCUACAGGCAGGCGACGAGUCCCAAACGCAUACGCUUCUUCAACACGUCUGUGUUAAUGAAAUAUCCGGAAGCUGGGCCCACCAGGAAAAACAGAAGCUAUUUCGAAUGCUCAUGUCAACGUCUGACAUAUGGGUGAAUUUGAAUUCCAGUUCCAAGUUGAUGGUAUUGAAAACUUGUAGCGAUCUCGUUUUGUUGGGGAUCUCGGAAGUUAAACAACUAUUGAACUCUAGCGACCUUUCAAACAGCAGUACGUCUCUGCUCGUCGACUGUGUCCAAUUCUUCAUCGACGUCGAAAAAAAUCAUUUCUCUGAUGCAGAGAAUAAUCGAUUGAUUACUUCUCGAGUUCUACAGCAGCUGAUGAAAAAGAUAUCGACCCCACAACUAGUGGAACUUGUUUUUAAUCUUGGCUUAUCUGCACUUUCUGACAUCAAGCAAUUACCUCUCUGCAUUGACUGGUAUCGUAAUGCCUGUCAACUCUUUAGCAAGCAAGACUUUGUCCAUUUGGUUAACUCCGUGGGAGAUGGAGUAAUAAAGAAGAUUUUUGAUUGCCUUUUGUGGCUGAACGACGAACUUUGCUGGGAAAGCUUUAAAGUUCAAAUUUGUAAAUCUUUUCCUUCCGAGGAAGGAAAUCUCUUUGUGCAGUUUGUAGUCAGCAAUGAAGCCCUUCAAGAAACUCUUGUGGAAGCCCCUCUUGGUCUAACCGUUUUUAAUCGCAUCUUGGAUCACUGGAUAGAAGAGUCAAGUCCGACAAAGAAUCCACCAGCUGUCGACUGGAGUAUGCCCCAAGCUUCAUUUCCUGCCUAUCCCGAAGUAGAAACAUUUCUUCGUUCGUCGGAAGAAAGUAUGAUCUAUUCAAAAUUUCGUGGCAUCAAUGAAGCUCGUCAGUUUGGCAAAUUACUCGACAAUCAAUCAGGACCAAGAAAUGGAUUCAGCGUUCAUUCAUCCUUUGGCGGAAUUGGAAAAAAGGCAUUUUGCAAAAUAGAGAAGAACAAUAGUGAUUGUGAAAUAGUCUUGAAAUCAUUUCAUGCCAGACAAUCGGAGCUAUGGCAAGUGGAAAAGUUGCGCAUUGACUUACAAGAACGCGUCAAAUCAAUCAGCAGUCAGACAGAAAGACAACUAACCAGGCUACAAGUGCCGGUUGAUUUCAGUUUAGCUGUUUUACCGACGAUGCCUACUGCACCCAUCACAGAAAUCCUGCCCAUGAAUAUGCAAAACGAGAUGGACAUUCCGAAUAAUAUCAAGGAUGGACACAUGCUGGUUUCCGUCGAUGGCUUACACCAGAUAAUUAGCUCAGACUCCACCCAUUCAGUAGGCCUCAUGUCACCAUUUUCCAAUUUCGGUGGCGGAUCCGAAACUGUUCCUGCUCGAACGCUUCCGAUUCUAGAUGACGAGCCUUCGUCGUUUCAAUUUGAUGUUGUCGGCACGAAUGAUGGGCCAGUGAUGACAGAAGUAUCCACACCCAAAAAGUUGAGAAGAAGCCGACGACACUCUUCAAAUCCCACAGAAACUCCAUCACCGCCUCAACGCCACCGUUCAUUUCAAUGUCAGAAAUGUGGACGUACCUUUUACGAUGGCAGUCGGUUAAAAAGUCAUCUGCGUAUUCAUUCCGGGGAGCCCCCAUUCGAGUGUGGGUUUUGCUUCAAAUUCUUCACAGAAAAGUACCGACUCGAUCGCCAUCAGCUAAUUCACUCAGGUACAAGAGCUUUUAGAUGUGAAGAAUGUGGACAGACUUUUGUCACCAGAGACAAAUUAAAUCGCCAUCAGCUAAUUCACUCAGGUACAAGAGCUUUUAGAUGUGAAGAAUGUGAACAGGCUUUUGUCACCAGAGACAAAUUAAAUCGCCACCUCGUAAUUCACACCGGAGAACGACUAGAUUGUGAUCAAUGCGAUAAGACCUUUACUCGGAGAGACAAGCUCUCUAGACAUCGAUUAACGGUUCACUUUCAUAAGGCUAGCUAAUCAUGAUUUAAUUAUCGUUUGUAUUUCAACUCAUCAAAAGGCCUUGAAUCAGUCAACUGGUACACAAUUCGCUGAAUGAAGUAACGCUCUUUUAUGUGAUAUAUUGCCCUAAAUGCUGUCCCAUUAAAAUUAUUCCCAUCCUUUAUUGGUUGACGAUCUCAGGUACCUUUAAAAUAAGUUUAACUGGCAUAAGUGACCUUCCCUAUGCAUGCAGCCUUUAAAAAAAUAAUACUCUGUACUUAAUUGGAUUAUGCAUGUAAUCAGUGAAAU